GAAAACCGGGAGUCGCAUCACAUUUGUCCCCCAAGCAUUGUGCGUAACAACGCUCCGCCCACUUGUCACGUCACGGGUACUUCUACAGGUAGAAUGGAAGGUAGAGGGAGAGGUAUUUUUUCGAUGCUGUCGGUGCUUAUCCUUUUAAAUGUGCUGCAAACAUGUGCAUCCAAGAAGGGUCCCCCAAAUAUCGUGUUCAUACUCACAGAUGAUCAAGACACUGUUAUUGGAGGAGAGACACCAAUGACAAAAACCAAGAAGUUAAUUGGAGAUGAAGGGAUCAUUUUCAGGAACAUGUUUGUCACCAGUCCAUUGUGUUGCCCUAGUCGAUCCAGUAUUCUCACUGGAAACUAUGUCCACAACCAUGGUGCUGUCAAUAAUAGCGUGGACGGGAACUGCAGUAGCCCCAUCUGGCAGAAUCAGUCAGAAACGAGAGCUUUUAUCACGUAUCUCAAAAAACAGAAAUACACCACUUUUUUUGCUGGGAAGUAUCUCAAUAUGGUUGGUACAUGUACCUUUUGA